AUGAAUGUCGGUAGUAGCCUGUCAAAAGGCAUCUCAAUAUCUUCUCGAAUGUCAAGCCUGCUGGCUACGGUGUCUGUUUAUUCCUCUUUUCUUUAUACCGCUAUUUCUUUCUUGAAGUCAUUUCACUUUUCCUUCUUUGGUCUCCCUUUUUCCUUCAGAAUUAAUUCGUCAUAUGCCAUCCGUUUCAUGCACUUUCUAUGCAUCCAUUCUUCAUCCUUCAAACGAAUAAUUUUCUUUCUUUUCAUUCUUCGUCUUUCUUCAAUCAGUUUUUCAAUUUUUGUUCCCUCUAUUUUUAUUUUUAUUACCUCUUCUUAUUCGAAUAAAUAUUUCUUACCACUUCUUGCUCGGAUCCAUAUUUCUUACCUCUUCUUGUCCGGAUCCAUAUUUCUUAUCUAUUCAUAUACUGAUCGAUAUUUCUUACCACUUCUUAUCCAUAUUUCUUGCCUCUUCUUAUUCGGAUCCAUAUUUUUUACUUCUUCUUGUCAGGAUCCAUAUUUCUUACCUCUUCUUGUUCGGAUCCAUAUUUCUAACCUAUUCUGGUUCAGAUCGAUAUUUCUUGCCUCUUCUAAUUCGGAUAAAUAUUUCUUACCUCUUCUUGUUCGGAUCCAUAUUUCUUACAUCUUCUUAUUCAGAUCCAUACUUCUUACCUCUUCUUAUUAUGAUCCAUAUUUCUUACCUCUUCUAAUUCGGAUAAAUAUUUCUUACCUCUUCUUAUUCGGAUCCAUAUUUUUUACCCCUUCUAAUUCGGAUCCAUAUUUAUAA